GUAAAAGUGGCCGAUGACACAAUGACCAGGCUGCAUAGAAGCGUUCUCCGUUGUCUUGACGCGACACGGUAUAAGUAGAAUGAUCUCUUUUGUACAGCUAGAUACCGUCGCAACUACCAAAACUACACAGGACCUCAAACCGCCAUGAAUAAAGUUCACCUUUUUGUGUUUUUCAUCCCAUUUGAUGAUUUACCCAGUUUCCAAUUUGUCUUUUACGCUGAUCUUCUCUGCUCUUUGCUUUUUAUUUGAAAAUAAUUUCUGCUCCUGCUCGGUGGAAUGAUGAAUGAAAACACGCAAAGAAAAAUAUGUUGGAUUCGCCGAGCUAUCAACUGUAAAAAUGUCUGGGUCUGGAAGAAUGCGCGAUUUGUCAUGCUUCUCUGGCAUGACUCUUACAUCUGUCAUGCAGGUUACCCAAGAACCCCACUUUCCUGUCAUGCAAAAACGCAGUCUGUCAUGCAGAAUAGGCAACACCUAGAAGCUGAGAAACUUGUCAUGCUGAGCCAGCACUUAUGCCUUCCUCAUGAUACGCCACCCAGCAUCACAAGUUUCCAGACCCAGACAUUUUUACAUUUGAUACGAGCGUACCGCCAAAUCGACAACCCCCUGCUGGAUCGGUGUUUCGCGAAGACACAAAACCGUGGUGGAGGAGAAGAUGACGAUCCCAGUCGAGAAACAACACAUUUCCUUUCCUUCGACACGUGUCAAAUGCAAAUAUGUCUGGGUCUAAAAACUUGUGAUGCUAAAAUAUGCAUGAUGGAAAGGCUUCCAAAUGCAGCAGCCCAGCAUGACAACUUUCCGGAGCGCUUUCUCAUAGGCAGUCCGCAGGAGAAACUGCGUUCUUGCAUGACAAAAAGGGCUGCGGCUUUGGUCGGUUACUUGCAAGACAGAUUUCCCAGGAAUGUAAAGCUAGCAUUACAAGUUCCAACUUUCCAGACCCAGACGUAUUUGCAUUUGAUAACACGCACGAAUUGGAGUACCAGCUCGCCGACAAAGUGUUCCGGGCGAAAUAUCCGGAAUAAAAGCGUCCCCACACCAGAGUUGUCAUGCAAAUCUGCAUGCCAAAAACGUUUUUUAUGCGGAGCCCCAUGCGAAGCGUUUUCUAUUCGUAUUUGGGAAUUUUUGAUGCUAGAAUCAGCAUUAUAUGCUGGAUCUGUGAUGCUUCUGAACUAGCGAAAGAGGAUUACACUACGAAGAAAAACUUGUCAUGCGAAACAACGAAAGCUGGUGGAUUUGUAUAGCAGAUUUCGCAUCUUGCCUCUGGUGUGGGUACGUUUUUACACGGGAUACGAAAGACAUUUCCCAGUUGCGGCGCCAGUUCGUGGAGGAGGGGGUGACGGAAUUCCACAAAGAAUUGCAAGCCGCCUUGCAGCAGCGCAGGAGGAAAAACCACGGCGGAGCGAAUGGAAACUCUUCUUUUAUUGUUUCACGAUACUCGUAUCAAGUGGUGGAAGAACAAGAAGAUGAAAAGGGGAAUAAAGACGAUUGCAUUGCCGGUACAACUUCUGCAGGAACUAGCACCUCCUGCGCCCCUCCUCUGAAUAUCGCGAUUCGUCUCAAGAGCGCUUUCCGCCCGCAGCCGGACAGCGGGGAGCUGCAUGCCGCCGUCGCGGAGGCGUCGGGAAAGCUGGCGGCGGAAUGUUUGAGGCUACUAGUACUAUCGACGGAGGUCAUCGGGGCCAUCGUGCCGGGGAAAAUAAAUGAUCCUGCGACGACCUCCAGUGGUACGACUGGAACAACAAGCAAAACUCCUACGACUCAUUUGUACUUCGACCGGCUUUACGAUGCGCAUUCCGUUGACGAAGAGAAUUACGUUGUGAAAAACUGUGGCUUACUGUUCACGAAGGAAGCAGGUGCUAAUGCUAUCCAUCCCAUCCCCGGCUGCCACAACUUGAUCGCGGACUUUGGCAGGUUCACGCACGACGUCGCUGUCUUUGACGACGGAGGUACUACUCAUUCUAGCACAGCGUCCGACAAAUCUCCCAAAUUGCAGCUAGCCAGCAUCCCGGUGUCCUUUACACCGUUCGCACGGUUUCUCCACCGAAACUGGGGAAAACACUGUGGGGCGGACGUGGGAACGGUGACCGAGUUGACAAGUGAGUUGACGAGUUGGGCGAGAACUUCUACUAGUGCCAGUACAGCAGGAAAUGCACACACGCAGGGGCUCGAGGAAGGUGCUGUUUUUACGCAAGAUGAGCAACCCGCGGAAACAGGUUCUAUCGGGACCGGAAAAAAUGGCGGAACCAAGCCUAAGGCCAGCAGGUGGCGCAAGAAGGAGAAGGCAGAAGAGUCCGCAGCUGUCCCGCCGCGGGAGCCUGGGCAGCCAGAGAAGCGGCUGUUCUCGCCGCAACCUCGACCGCCGGCGGCGGCGGUGGCAGAAGCGCACCAGGGAACGGGCAAUCAACCUCAGGCAGCUGUUGGCGAAGAGGAAAAGAACAUGUUUAUUUCUCCCGCCAUCGUGCCGCAAAAACUACGCAACAACCUCCCCACGGUACGGCUGACCGUCGCGUACCGGAAUGGGGAAGUGAAAACUUUCGCAAUCCGGGUGAUUACUAUCGUUCACGAAGAACACGAAAAUUAUGAAAAGCGUCCAGCGGGUCGCGGAGACGUCGAACAGGAGAAGACACAAAGACCUAGACAAGCGGGGACAUCAGCACAGGAUCUACUACUUGGUGCACCAGGCAAUAAUACGAAACCCGACGCACCAGCUGCCACCACGACCCACCCCCACCACAAUUAUACCUUCCGCGGCGGCGAGCGUGCGGCGUUGGCGCGGUUCAAGAAGGUCAUUCUCGAGCAGCCUAAGUUUGUCAGAGACUUUGAAAAGCCGAAGACCAACCCGAUGGCCCUGCCGCCGAACAUCGCGACGACCGGGCUGUCGCCGUACUUCGCGAACGGGUUUUUGUCGGUGAAGAUGGUCGCUUGCUACCUCUACACCACGGAGCCGCAGAAGACCACCAAUGCCAAGGAUCCAAAUUGUCCGCCAACCCAGCAAUGCCUGCUCGGCCAGCUCUUCUGGCGGGAGUUUGCGCACUUUCUCGGGUUUGUUCUGGGUAAAGCAUUUGAGACGAUGGAGCAGAACCCGUUUUGCUUGCAGUAUAGUAAAUGGAAUAACUUCGACGAUGAAGAAGAAGAUGCUGCUGGGGCGGGUGAGAUCAUGCAGAACGCUUCGCGUGGUGGAACUUACAAAGGCAGAGGGACCACCAGUAGUGGAGCAUCAAUUCUUUCCACGGAAGCAAAAAUUCUCUCCCUGUUUGCGGUGGUGCCCCGGACGACGACUGGGACGACAAAAAUGGACCAGGACGAGAAUGAGAAAAGGAGAAUCCAGCAAGCCUCCAAUGCAGUUGAUCCCCUCCACCCGAAAGCCGUUCUCGCGGGCUUUCAGCAACUGCGCCACACUAUCAAAUGUAAAAAUGUCUGGGUCUGGAAGAGUGCCAGACUUGUCAUGCAGAUUCUCCAUGACCCAUGAGGUCUGUCAUGUAUGACAUAGCAUGACAGAUUCUGUGAGAGUUCUAUCAUGCCUAUCCUGCAUGAGAAACUGCAUCUCGGUUAGGUCAAAAGUGGACAGCUUUUCGCACUCAUGCAACACAGAUUUUUGCAUGAUCCAGAAUUAGCAUGGCAAGUUGCAACCUUCCCGACCCAGACAUAUUUGCAAUCCAUGCACACCGGUUGGAUCCACCACAUCAUGCGGCACAUGCUGGCUUGCUACUGGACGAGGGGGUCCGGAACUAUGCACCUGCACUGGGAACUCGGGCGCGAUCUGUUCCACUCCUUUCUCCUGGACUACGACUGGGCGAUUAACUGCAGCCAGUGGCAGUGGCUGUCCUGCUCGUUUCUGUUUUACAGCUUCAACCGGGUCUACCACCCCGCGGGCUUCGCGAAAAAAUGGGACCGGACGGGCGGCUACCAAAGGUAUUGGCUGGCUGCUGGGUCUUCAUAUUCAGACGUCUCGCAAGAACACCAGCCCCAUGGAAAAGUAGUAGUACUAGACCAGCUACUAGACCAGCACAAGAAGAGUUUUACUGCAGUAGGAUCUUCAUCUCACCACGACGCCACAAGCGACAGUGCGGAAGAACAGAAGAAGAUUCAGCAGUACUACAAGGCGGCGUACCUGUCGGAUGAAAAUAAUUCGGAUCACAAUUACCCCCAUAUCAAAUGCGAAUAUGUCUGGGUCUGGAACUUUGCUAGACUUGUCAUGCACAUUUUGCAUGACUCCUGAUGUCUGUGAUGCAUGCCCUAGCAUCACAGAUUUUGUGAGGGCUUCCUGAUGCCUAUACCGCAUGACAAAGGCUCUUUCCGUGUAGCAAAACUUGGACUCUCUUUGCUGCUCACGCAAUACAGAUUUUUUUACAAUCCAAAACCAGCAUGACAAGUUGCAUUCUUCCAGACCCAGACAUUUUUACAUUUGAUACCCCACCAGCACCCCUUAUUCUACUCCUCGAUGAACGCCGACGCGGUUGUGAAAGAGUGGGAAAAAGAGGAUAAAGAGUUCGGAAACGUAUUGAAACAGAAGAUUUUGGCUGCGCGGAAAAAGCUGAAUAGUACUACUUCUGGCGGUCCUCGUCGUGGUACCAAAACAGAUGGAAUUAGUGUGGUUACUUCUACUGAACAAGAUAAAGUUAAAGAUUCAUCUUCUCAAAAAAUAAACCGCAGAAGCAGCUGCGAAACGUUAGCCGAUGACAGAUUCUUCAUUCCGGACCCGAAUCUGCGGUUCGAGGUUUCAUCUUUUGUGUAGCGGAGAACGCAAGGUAAUUUUCUUACCUUGAAGGAACUCGACCUUGAGCAAACCCGUAUCCGACCUACGCCUCUCGACGAAGGUGUUGAAAAAGAGACAAACAGCGC